GCGUAACUAUGCGUCUCUCAAGCAUCGAGCAGCAUCCCAAUGAUGAUCGUCAGGGUCUGUAGCCCUCAAGCCACCAGCAUCUUCUGAGGGACUAGAACCAAGCACCGAUCGGCAAUAAAAAGUGCAACAAGAAGUUCAAUAACUUCUCAGCCUUUCAGCUCAGAUCACGACGCAAUGAAUGCCAGAUAUUCCCUGGCGCGUGCACAGGAUUCUCAAAAGAUUGUUUCCAUUUUACAAUUAUUAUUAUUAUGUUUUAAAGCGUUUCAAAGAAAAAAGAAGCAGCAAAAAAAAAAAAAAAAAACCGCACGGCGAUACACUUAUCAGUGCGAAUUGUCUCUCGCGCAACGUGACACCCCGGCCUGCAGGCUGAGGAGGGUGUCUUUCGCCAUCGGCUGAUCGCCUCCGUCAGAGAUUCCUCCCCACCCCCCGAUCCCCCCCCCGAAGGAGUUCACGUUCAGCACUCUACUCUAGUCUGGUGUUCGCAGCGAGCGCCGGUCACGCGUUUUACUCACUGCGAUUAAAAUAAUAAACUAUCCUUUUCAACGGACCGACAGGACAACGUUAACGCGCUUCGCUCUGGGCCACAGUACAGUAACAGUUACAUUGUAGCGGAAACUCCAGCAUGAGUGUGUCAUUGUCCCCCCUCGGGGGGCUUCCACCAACGCUCCUGUUAACCGCUCUAAUCGCACUGAUUGGCUGGAGUCCAGCAUCAUGUUCAGUGGUGCUGGAAAUGACGCGAAAUUACCAGUGUCCAGAGAAGGGAUGGGUGACUCUCACCUAUGAGCACAACAUCAGCCACUGUCAGCAGAGCUGGGAUUGGAACCAAACGAGGAUCGCAAUUUACGACCAUCAGGAGCAGUGUAUAACACCGUGUGUCAAGGUGUAUUCUGGCAAGUUGUUUCUAUACACCUGUGAGAAUGUCACCCUCACCUUCUUCUGCCUGACCAGUGCACAGGAUGUGAAUGAGACCAGGGUCCAUUUCAUUGGGAUCAUCUCUAGGAAGCAAGAAUACAAGAACCACCCAGUCACAGUGAAAGGUGAUGAGAGCCCUGCUGGACCUCCUGGGGACCCAGAUAGCAGCGGAUCAUCGGUGGCCACCAGUGGAGCUCGGACCUUUGUGCCUACGGUCGUCGUCGUCGUCGCCAUUGUCGUCAUUGUCUUCGUCGUCAUUGUCAUCGCGGCACUGUACCAUCGCCGCCGGCAACAGCAACACGCUCAACCUGUCCCCCAUGACAACCUCUUGUGAACAUGGCUGGUGACAGACACUCUGUGACGACUGCAAUUGGAGCACGUCUGCCUUUCAUCGAGCAUUCGGGCGAAUGUGGUUUUAUGCAGGAGAGUAGAGAAAACAUUCGUCGUAGAAGUAAUCUUACGUUGCAGCGAUAAGCUGUAAAUCUUCAGCGGCUGCUUUGGGGUUUCAUUCUCGCUGUUUCCUGAGCUGCUACCUGGUGUCAAGGGCUAACUAACCAUUUUCGGAGAAGGAGUCGUGUCGCUGGUAGGGAUUCAACCAGUUUGAUAAGACAGACCUCGGGAUGGGAGGCUUUACUUGAGCAGGGGGCCCCGGGGGGUCCUGUGGUCUGAACCCACAGUUAGGGGACACGUGUCCCAGGUGCCUUGAUUCAGCUCAGGCAGCAUCAUCGCUGCGCUUCUCGGUGCCAUUCAUAGUGAGGCCUUCAUUCCUUUUGGUGUGUUUACACCCCUCACCGUGGUAUUCUGUAGAGGUUUCUAUAUAUGGAGUUUCUGAAUGUAUGACGUGUUGAAUGUGUGGAUGUGAAUAUUGGCUUCAUUGGUGUGAAUGAAGGAGCUCAUCUACUUCCCAAAGCUACUGUAAAUGCCAGUAUGGUGCUGUUCCACAACUCGGGGGGGGUCCGCAACCAAGAGGAGCCACAUUUGUGGACAAAAUUUCUUUGUUUUUCAUGGCCAGUUUUUCCAGUACAUUCCAAAAGGGAAACUGGGUGGUUGAACAUUUUAAUGUUAGAUGCUGGUAACUUCAGAAGCAAAAAGCACUGAGUUGGAUAUGAGAUUAACUUAAGAGCAGCUGUAGGUAUUUUGGCUGCUAACAAUCCUGCAAUAAAGUCGCUGGAGUCCAGUAUGAAUUGUGCUCACAGGGACGAGGAGCAAUAUAGAAAAGGUUGUUCAAAAGUGACCUUUCAUCAAACUGUAUUUAUUUGAAAAUGUAGAAGUAAAACUGUUUGACAGUGUCGGGACACUUUGGUGCAGAAACACUUGUGUUUUUGCGUCUUCGCUGGUGCAGUUCCUGUGGAAGCUGCGUGUCCUCUAGUGUGGUGCUAUCCUGCAGCGGAGAGACCCUCCGUCUCGAACCCGAGUCCGCAAGGGUCCCAGCAGUCCCCUGCACUAACGGGCAGAAACAUGUAGGGGGCAGCAGAUGCGAAUGUAUUAAUUGUUUAUGCAAAAAAUAUUUAUCAAGCAGCAUUUGUAUACGUUUUAUACUUUUUUGUUGUUAACCAGCCAAACAGCUUUAGAUAUUUUGGAUACUGGAAAGUGGCAGCUCAAAAUAUCCCGCAUCUGUAUUGACUUGGAAACGGUUUACGGCCUAACGGUGUGUGUCGCUGCCACGUGUUCUGAGCUCAUCGUGUAGCGCGGUACCGCUGUUAUUAAUACGGCUGCCAUCGUUUCGCAACGGUUCCACGUGGGAUGGUUUUCACGCUAAAGAGUUCGCUGCGUUCUCGCCGCAAACCGGUCCGGAGCAGAUGGCCGGGUGUCGGAUGGUCUCUCGGUGUCAGUGUGCGGCGCUUCCGGCGCAGUGCAGCUCGCCUGGGGACGUCGCUCUUUGUUCGACCACAAUCCUCCCUCAGGCCUCUUUUACAUCCCAUCAGCAGCGGGGGGCACUGCAGCAUUUCGGAGCAGCUCUUAACUGUGCCGCACGCUCACUUUGUUCUCGGUCCUCAAAGUCGAGUUCGGUCCGAAUAUUCUUCCUUCCUCCUGCAGUUUCAGUGGGAAUCGUUGCUUCGAAAGUAAAUGUGUCUCAGUUUGGGCCGACUCAGUCUGAAAGGGAUCUGUGAGGGCUGUGCAGAGCUCUUAAGGCUGGCAAGUUUCCCCGUGACACUUGCGGUCUCCUGUUUUACCAUGUUUGAACUGCCUCCGGCGGUCCUCUUGAGGUCCCUUCGGGCAGCGGCACUCGAAGUGUUAAACUGGAUCAAAUGAGUUUAUGGUUUUUCUUAGCGCCACAAGGCAGUUGGGUCGCGGAGCACGUGCUCUCGCUUCCUCUUCCUCCGGCGGCAUCUCACACACACACACACACACACACACACGGUGUCAGGCUUUCCCCACGGCCAGAACAAUACCGCACUUGUUGCCCAGUGUUGUCACCUUUCCAGUUUCACUAAAUGUCACCAAAGUCACCAUUAUUACCCCACAAGUCAUAUGUUGCAAAAGGUUCCUUACUGACAAUUUAGUGACAGUUAGAGUGAGAAAACACUGAACUGAAUUAAAACGGAAUUUUUUCGAGAUGCCGGAAGGCCUUUUCUGAACAAACGCUUGAGACGUGUGUGUCGUCUUUGCCUCACGCUUCCGCUCCGCCCAAAUGGGAGCGUCUCCUGCCAAACUGAACACACUUUUGCUUUUGUUUGUAUUUUUUUUGCAUGGAAACUCUUGUAUAUACUUUAUAUAUGUGUGUG